UGACAGAAAAAAACAUGAAAGAUGCUAAGUUGGUUAGUUUUCGAUCUGCAAUAUUGGUGCAGGAUUGGAUAACAUUCAAAGCAUGGGCUUCGGAAGAAAAAAACUCGAUGAUGAACUCACUAGCUGAAGAGAAAUAUAGUCGUCUGAAGAGCCAACUUAUCAACACUUGCAUCACAUUUGAGAUAUUGAAGGAUAUGGUGACCAUUAUCUUCGACAAAGCUGUUCUUGAGCCGACCUUUUGUCCUAUGUACGCUCAGUUGUGCUAUGAUAUGCAUGACAAACUCCCUAGCUUUCCUCAUGCAAAGCAUGGAAAAAGUGAGAUGUUCACAUUCAAGAGGAUUUUGUUGAAUUUAUGUCAAACCGUGUUUGAGGGAACUGACGACUUGAGUGAGGAGAUUAGAAAGCUGAACUCGCCAGAUCAUAAGGAUGAACGGGAGGACAAGGAAAUAUUGUCGAACCUCCGGACUCUAGGAAAUCUUCGUUUGGUUGGUGAGCUUUUUAAGCUGAGGAUGGUUACUCAAUCGAUAGUUAAGCGCAUUAUUAAGGAGCUGUUGGGGGAUGAUAAGAAAAUGUGUCCAUCAAAGGAGAAACUCGAAGCAGCUAGUCACUUUCUCCACAUCAUCCACUAA